AUGGAUCAAAUGAGCCUAGAAAAUAACAGUACGCCGAUGGCAAGGUCGGACUAUCGAACGAUGAACUCUGAGCUGAACUACACCUUAAUGGACUCGUCCAUAAACCACUCGUCAAUUCUGGACAGCUCGAUGCGGAUUGAAAAAGACAACAAGGAAAGAAGAUUACAAAAGUUAAAUGAAAAUAUCAUAAGUGAGUACGAGUCAGGUAGACAAAGUGUAGUUUUCACACAGCAAAAGUAUAAGCAGCUGCUGGAUGGAUUCUUACUAUUUGUUCAGACAAAUAAAUACAUCCAUCAGAAGAUAACAGAACUGAGAACAGAAGCAACAGAUGAAUAUAACAGAAUGCAAAAUAAAAAUAUCCCCAACAUAAUCAUUCACCAACGAUUAAUUUGCAACAUUAACAAUUUUCAAACGGGCAAUGAAGAAUUUGAAUUACUUGCCAGGUGUUUAAUAAAGGAACCUUAUUUGGCUCUUCCAGCAUACCAGGCAGCUAUCAAAGAGUUGUGGAAAUCUCAGGAUAGCAAAAUAGAUAUUGAUGCCCCUAAAAUUGGUAUUUGCGGUUGGCUAGGUAGACACCAUGUGACGCCAAGAGGAUUACAAAGCUCGAUGAUUAACAAGCUAGUGGCAGUAGAAGGAGUGGUUAAUAAAUGUUCCACUGUCCAACCGAAACUCGUCCAAUCAGUGUACAUAGGAGAAGCAGUACAUGACAUCAAUGCAGAUAUUCGCAGUGACGAAAAAACUGUCCAUUUGAGACCCCAUUAUGACAUUACUGAUUUUGAUAAAACAGCCAAAGAUUCGGGAAGACCACCUGUUUCAGAUCCUGAGGGAAAAAUUAUGCAUAGACACGAAAUAGGAUUGUGCAAAUAUAAAAAUCACCAAAAAUUUGUCAUCCAAGAAACUCCGGAAGAUGCUCCAACGGGACAGAUGCCUAGAUGGGUAGAAGUAAUCGUGGAAGACGACCUAUGUGAUAUUGUCAAGUGUGGAGAUAGAGUAAGAGUUUGGGGGGUCUAUCGAGCUAGCUGUGGAAAAGCCAAUAGCACCAACAGUGGAUUAGGAAGAUCCUUUCUAAUUGCAAACAAUGUGCUGGUCAAAAAUAAAGAAACGUAUGAUACCAAUUUGUUCAUAUCAGAAGCGGAUAAAAAAAAUUUCCACGCUUUUGCUAAGAAGGAAAAUACAAUAGAUGUACUGGGCUACUCCUUCGCUCCAUCUAUAUGUGGUCAAGACAUUGUAAAAAAAGGAAUUGUUUUAAUGUUAGCAGGUGGGACAGAGCGCGCAUUGCCAUCUCAUCACAUCAGAGGAGACAUACACAUUAUGCUGGUGGGCGAUCCAAGUUGUGGAAAAUCGCAAUUGUUACGCUACGUCAUGAGUAUCAUGCCAGGAACAGUUUCGGCGACAGGAAGAGGAUCAUCAGGAGUUGGAUUAACAGCUGCUAUUGUUACGGAUCAAGAUACCGGCGAGAGAGUAGUCGAAGGAGGUGCUAUGGUCAUGGGGGACAGAAGAGUUGUAUGCAUUGACGAAUUUGAUAAAAUGCAACACACAGAUAGAGUAGCAAUUCACGAAGUUAUGGAACAACAAACUGUCACCGUUGCGAAGGCAGGUAUUCAUACCACACUGAAUGCAAGAGACAGUGCAACUGAGAAAGACGAUGAGCGAAUUGCAGAUUCGGUUUUGCGAAAUGUCACAGAAAAGGCAAAACCAAUUAUGAGCGAAAACAGAAAUAAUCAUAAAAAUUUUGUCAUUCAAGCAGAUAGCUACGAUAUUAACCCCAAGGCACAACACAUUAGUGUGUACAACGAGAGAGAAGUAAAUAAAAAUAAUGACAACAAUCAAGAAAAUGAAGAAUACGAAACGCCAAUUUUUGCCAACAGAGAUGAAAUGAUCUAUUAUGAUAAAAAUGGAAUUGAGCAUGAAAUUUUAACGGUCCCAUUUUUUAAAAAAUAUUUGCAUUAUGUUAAAAAUAUUUUCUAUCAAGAAAAGCAAAGAACUGAUGGAUGGAAACCAUACCCAGAAGUGAGUGACGAAGCAUGCGAAGUUAUCACCGAGUUGUAUGCAGAUUUGAGAGAAAAGGCAGCCAAAUAUUCACACAACAAAAUUAUCCAGGGGGUUACUCCCAGAACGUUGGAAGCUAUCAUUCGAAUCGCCUCAUCACAUGCAAAACUCAAACUGAACAGAUAUGUCACAAGUGUCGAUGUCAAUUAUGCUAAGAAGCUUCUAAUGUACACCCUCUUUGGGGAGGAAAUUAACGACCUUGAGGAGGAAGAGCAGGACGAUAUCGAUGAGGAAGACGAAGAAGCAUAUGGAGAACAAGACGAAGCUUAUGAUGAUGACGAGGAGGAAGAACAGGAAGACGACGACGAUGAUGAUGAUGAUGAGGAAGUUAUUAAACUUUUCAAGAAGGGCAACAAAUCGACUAAAAAAAAAGCAACAAAGAAGAGAAAGGGACAAAAGAAUGAAACCGCAAAUAAAAAGAAAAAGAGAAAAGGUGCAGCCCAAGAUAAGGAUGGAGAAACCUUUAUGAUAGACGAUGCGCAGAAGGCAAGCGAUAAGUCAGCACCCUUGGAUGUUAAAGAAAUAGAACGCCUCAUCGUGGAAAACGUCACUUUGAAUGACCCCGGAGAUGGCCUGCGUGACGAGGAACUCUUGGACUUGAUCAUCCUUGGGAACAAGCACAAAAUGCCCCAACUGGCAAAACUGGACAUCAACACAUUGCGCAAAAUUAUCAACUCGCUGAACGAAAUGGACGGGGCGCCAAUUUACUACGUGAAGAAGGACAAAAUUGUAUACAAGUGUUGA